AGUAUAAAAGGCGGUACGGGCGGCCAGUUUUAUUAGAGUAAAAGGUAGUGAUGGUGGUCACAAUGAGGUUGGUAGUGGCAGCGGUGCUGUUGGCCGCAGUGGCGGCUUCCGUCGUCCACGAUGAGCUAAAGAAUAUUGUCAUCACCAAGGAGCCUAUGAAAAAUAUGGACAUGAAGUCAAAGGAGAUGUGCAUAUUGAAACUGAUGAAUCACAUCCUGCAGCCCACGAUGUACGAAGACGUGCGCGAGGUGGCGAAGGCGUGGGUCCUCGAGGAGAACGAAGACAAAUACAUGAAAAUGGAAGCAGUGAAAGAAUUCAUCAAUACAUACAAAAUGGGCAUGCUGCCUCGCGGCGAGGUCUUCGUGCACAUGGACCACAAGCACGUCGAAGAAGCGGUCAAGGUCUUCAAGCUGCUAUACUUCGCGAAUGACUUCGACGUCUUCCUGAAAACCGCUUGUUGGUUGCGCGAGCGCAUCAACGGGGGCAUGUUCGUCUAUGCCUUGACAGCCGCCAUUUUCCACAGAUCUGACUGCAGCGGCAUCAAAAUCCCUGCCCCCUACGAGAUCUACCCAUAUUUAUUCGUCGACAGUAACAUUUUGCACAAGGCAUUCAUGAUGAAGAUGAGCAAGGCAGCGAUGGACCCCGUUAUGAAGAAUUACUACGGUAUAAAAGUUAAAGAUAAUAGUAUGGUGAUCAUUGAUUGGAGGAAGGGUCUUCGUCACACGAUGAGCGAGUUCGACCGCACAUCCUAUUUCACUGAGGAUAUCGACUUGAACACUUACUUGUACUAUAUGCACAUGAGCUAUCCCUAUUGGAUGAACGAAGACAUGUAUAGAGUGAACAAGGAACGUCGCGGUGAAGCAAUGUGGUACGGUUACCAACAACUGCAAGCCAGGCUGAGAUUGGAAAGACUGUCGCAUCACAUGUGCGAUCUGAAGCCGUUGGACUUGGAUGGAACCCUCGACGAGGGCUAUUGGCCUAAAAUCCUUUUGCACACCGGUGAUGAGAUGCCUGUACGCUACAACAAAAUGAAACUUACGAACGAGAAUAAUAUUAAAUACCGGCUACUUCUUGAAGAUAACAAGAGACUGAUUCGAGAUGGUAUUAAAAAGGGACACAUGGCAAUGCACGACGGCACUACUGUCUCCCUUAAGAAACCAGAUGAUAUUGAGAAUCUUUGUCGAAUUGUACUCGGCGGUUUCGUUUCUAAAGAUGAUCAUAAAGGCAAAUCGAGCAUUUGGAGGAACUUGGCUAAAACUAUGUUAUCUUAUGGCACAUACAAUAUGGGCAAAUACACGUACAUCCCGACCGCAGCUGAUAUGUACUCGACAGCGCUCCGUGACCCCGGAAUGUGGAAGAUGCUCAAACUUAUCUCCGAAUACUUUAUCAUGUUCAAGGAAAUGCUACCAAAAUACACUCGCGACGAAUUAGACUUCCCGGGUGUGAAAAUCGAGCAAGUGACCACUGACAAGCUCGUCACCUUCAUGGAUGAAUACGACGUGGACAUCACUAACGCAGUUUACCUCGACCACGAUGAGAUGCAGAAGCACCGCUCCGAUAUGAUGUACGUGGCAAGGAUGCACCGCCUCAACCACCAACCCUUCAAGAUCACUAUCGAUGUUGCUUCCGACAAAGCCGUCGAAUGCGUUGUGCGCGUGUUCCUCGGACCCAAACUAGACUGCAUGGGCCGCUUCACAAGCGUAAACGACAAACGCAACGAUAUGGUGGAAAUCGACAGCUUCCUAUACAAACUGGAGACAGGCAAGAAUACCAUUGUGCGCGACUCACUUGAAAUGAAUAACGUCAUUAAAGAGCGUCCGUGGAGCAGGAACAAUUGGGCUAUGGAUCCAAGUGGAGGUCAGAAGGCACAGGAUAACUGGUGGUACAAGUCUCGGAUCGGCUUCCCUCACAGACUACUACUGCCAAUGGGUUCGCACGGUGGAAUGCCUUACCAGAUGUUCGUGAUUGUGACUCCAGUACGUGCCGGCAUGUCUCUACCGUCUAUCGAUAUGAACACUGCGAAGGAGCGGAAGGCUUGCCGCUGGACCGUUUGCAUGGACACCAUGCCCCUCGGGUUCCCAUUCGACAGACCGAUCGAUGAGACUAAUUUCUACACGAAAAACAUGAAAUUCCACGAUGUGAUGGUAUAUACUAAGGACUUGGCUAUGUCCAACAUGGUGAAGGACGUGGACAUGUCCGAGAUGGUGAUGAAGCGGGACGACCUCACGUACCUCGACAAGGAUAUGCUGGUGAAGCGAUCGUACAAGAGUGUGAUGAUGAUGAGUGGCGACGACAUGACUCAUAUGUAGUUGCAUCGUAGUCCACUUGUCGUAUACGCGUCUGUUAUUUUAAUCUGUUUUAUUGAUUAAGUACUAACCUAGCUGCUGAAUGUGAUUGAAUAAUAAAUAUUCAAAUUUC